AUGUCUGCCGCGUACAGACGUUUCAAAGAGGGCUUCUGGGAAUUGAAGUGUAACGUUUUUUCGAAGAACAACAUUUCCCAGAAUUACAUGGAAUCGAUGGCGAAACCACGUGUCACCGUGGAGGACAUAGAGAAGGGGCUUAGUGAGUUUCUCAUGCCUUUGGGUUUUGAAGUUUAUCCUUUUAAGGUUGGCUGGUAUAAUGCCGUGCUCAUACCGACCCUCCAUCUUUCAUACCCGGAUCACACAGUUGCGGUGGUGGUCUUGAGCACUCCCAAAAUGUUUGAACAAGCUUUCAAACCCUUCCUGAAGAGAGAGAGUUUCAAAGGCCUCAACGAUCCCAUUGAUCAAUGUGUCGCAGACUGCAUCUCAACCUGUGUAUCUCAGUGUUUCCCAGAUCAGCCUGUUGACAUCAGCUAUGAUUAUGAAAUGCUCCCAAGCAGGAAACCAAAAUUCUUGGCACAGACUGCUGCCCAUGUUGCUGGAGCAGCUUACUACUACCAAAGGACAGACAUCACUAAUGACCCAUGGGGAGAGAAGAAAAUGUUUGGAGUUUGUAUUCACCCCAGGCUGGGCGGCUGGUUUGCCAUAAGGGCUCUGCUGGUCUUCCCAAGUGUGGUAGUAGAUGAAGAGUUGAUACAAAAGCCCCCUCCAGAUUGUGUCCCCUCUCAGGAGGACAGAGUGGAGCUCCUGGAGAGGUUCAACUUCCGCUGGAAAGACUGGAGCUACAGAGAUAUCAUCCCAUCAGUCCAGUGCUACUCUGAGGAACAGAAAACCUACUUUUCCACUCCUCCAGACCAGCGGGCAAUGCUGCUGAGACAGUGGGGUUUUUCGGCAGGAGAGAAAUCGGGACUGCAGCUCCCGGAUGGCAACAAAGGAGAGGAGGGCCCAAGAUGAUUCUCUGAUUUUCUCAACACGAUUCUCUUUUUUUUUGCUUGUUGGUAUGAACGUUCAUACAUUUACAUUUAUUCAUUUAGCAGACGCCUUUCUCCAAGCAAUUUACAUCUCGUAGAAAAUAAGACACUACAGAGGAUUGUGUACGUUGUGUGUAUGUAUCAUUAAACACAUGACAAACUGUUUUUAUAUUCCAACAAGUUAGAUUCUGAUAUUUUCAGUUAAGUAAUGGUAGCUAAUGGCGAGUCAAAGGGACCGUAAUAUACUGGGCUACAUUUAUUUUGCCAUGAUGUCGUCCGGGAGCUGGAGGCGGACCCAAUUGCGGAGCACUCCGGAGUCGGCGGGGUGAGACAGAAACCGUGGUCAGGGACAGGCGUGGGUCUUCUACGGCAAACUUCGUUUAAUGGACAAUCCAAAAUCGUAGUCAAGAAGUCAGGCGAGGGGUCAAAACACAGAUCGAGAAACCACAGGAAGGAAGGGGUCACGGGAGAGGACGUCGGGUUAUGGACAGGGGAUGAGGAGGAGAGUAAGGAGCAGGUUUGUGCAAGCACGGACGCUGGUCGGGUCGGCGAAUCAAGGUUCCGCAUUUGUCUCGGUUAGACUUCUCCCUUUUAUCUUGCUUGGUCCAGGUGUAUCCUAUCCUCGCGAUGGCAUGGGCGUGGCAUGACCCCCCCUCCUAGGAGCGGCU